ACAGAACGACUGCGCAAAAGACUUUCUAAAACUAUUUAUAGCGGCAACAUAGCUCCGCCACUUGCAACGGGCAGCAGCGGGACGGGCGCGGGGCUGGCCCUGCACAGCCCUCGCCCUGCCCUGCGCUGAGCCGGCCCAGCUACCGCUGCACGUCCUGACUGCAGCUCCGGAGAUGGGACAGGCCAACUGCAAACCCGAGCCUGGGGAUUUGAUCGAGAUCGACCGGCCUUUUCAUCAGCACUGGGCCCUCUACCUGGGGGAUGGAUAUGUCAUCAACUUGACGCCUCUAGGUAAACAGAAGGUAAAACGGGGACCCCAAAAGGUGCCAGUAUUCACCAGAAUGGUGAAGAAGCAGCGCCUGAAGAAGGUGGUACGAACGAAUAAAUGGCGUGUCAAUAACGAGUCAGAUCACCACCAAACUCCACUCCCAGUGAAGGAGAUCAUCACGCGUGCUGUAACUUUUAUGGGCAAAGAAAUGACAUAUUAUUCAUAUGGUCGGAACUGUGAGCACUUUGUGAAAAAACUCCGCUAUGGAGAGGCAGUCUCUGAGCAGCUGAAGAAUUUUGUAGGUGGUGAAUUACGCAUUCUUGAUAUGAGAGAUGAUGAUGAUGAAUACCCAAAGCCUGGGGACCUGAUUGAGAUCAAACGGGGACAUUAUGAUCACUGGGCCCUCUACGUGGGGGAUGGAUAUGUCAUCCAUGUGACACCUGUAGAUGAAGGAGUCCCAUCCCAGUCAGCCAUAAGUGAGACGAUCCUUAUCGUAAAGGUUACAAAGGAGCUCUUGAAGGAGGUGUCCGGAAAUGAUUCCUGGGCUGUCAACAACAAAUAUGACCAGUACCGCAGUCCUCUGUCCGUGGAAGUGAUCCUCCAGCAUGCUGAGGGUUGCAUUGACAAGGAGUUGGUAUAUGAUGUGUUUGACUUUAAAUCUGAUGAUUUUGUGACCAAGCUCCGCUAUGGUGGCCAGCUGAAGAAUUUUGUAGAUGGUGAAUUACACAUUCUUGAUAUGAGAGAUGAUGAUGAUGAAUACCCAAAGCCUGGGGACCUGAUUGAGAUCAAACGGGGACAUUAUGAUCACUGGGCCCUCUACGUGGGGGAUGGAUAUGUCAUCCAUGUGACACCUGUAGAUGAAGGAGUCCCAUCCCUGUCGGCCGGCAGUGAGACAAUCCUCAUCAUAAAGGUUACAAAGGAGCUCCUGAACCAGGUGGUUGGAAAUGAUGCCUGGACUGUCAACAACAAAUAUGACUGUCACUGCACUCCUCUGCCAGUGGGGGAGAUCAUCUGGCGUGCUGAGGGUUGCGUUGGUGAGGAGAUGGCAUAUGAUGUGUUUGACUUCAAAUCUGACGAGUUCGUGAGUAAACUCCGCUAUGGUGGCCGGCUGAAGGUUUUUGUAGGUGGCGAAUUGCACAUUCUGAAUAUGAGAGAUGACAAGAACGACCCCAUCCCUGGAGACCUGAUCGAGAUUGACCGGCCACUUUACCAGCACUGGGCCCUCUACGUGGGGGGUGGAUAUGUCAUCCAUGUGACACCUAUAGGUGAAAAUUCUCCUCCCAUGACAGCUGGCAGUGUGACAUUACUUAUGAAAAGGGCGAAGGUGAAGAAAGAGCUCCUGAAGGAUGCUGUUGGAAGUGAUAAAUGGCGUGUCAACAACAAGUAUGACUGCUACCGCAAGCCCUUCCCAGUGGAGGAGAUGAUCCAGCGUGCUGAGUGCCAGAUUGGCAGGGUGGUGCUGUAUCGUUUGUUCUACAAGAACUGUGAGCACUUUGUGACAGAGCUCCGCUAUGGAGAGGCAGUCUCUGAGCAGGCUAGGACAGCACUUGUAAAGAUCCGUUCCAUUGUUGCUCCUGUGAUGGCUGGGGUAGGAACUGCAGGUCUUUCUGUUCUGGCCGGUCUUACUUUUCCAGCUGCUCUUCCUGUUGUGGCUGCUAAUGGUCUUACCCUUUUUUCCACUGUGCUUUCAAGGAGUUUAUCUGAUACAUUCAUUUUUGAAAAAUUCCUAAAGGCAAAGACAUAUAUACUAGAACAGAGGUGCUGUUAGGAAGAGCUCAAGGAAGGCACGGAGUCCUUGGUCACUGUCUAGCUUUUGCCACAAGUAUAA